GUUAAAGAAUAUGGGACAAGAUUACAGCUACAGCCAGCCCUCUUCAUCAUCAGACUCUCUGGACAUAACCUCCCUGCUUGAAGCCGAAGCUCAGAUGUACGCGGAUGAAACUGACAGUAGCAACCGCAAUGCAAUGCCGGUUGAUUACCCACGUGAACCAGAGGCUGAUGAUGGAAUCCCCACGACUUGCUACUGUGGAGCUCAGCCUGUUCUCGGCUGCUCUUACACUUCUAAAGACCCAUACAGAAGGUACUUUACGUGCGUUCAUGCUGAUGAUGGAGACUGCCACGUGUGGAAAUGGUGGGAAGUGGCAGUCAUGGAGGAGAUGAGGGAGUUUCAGAGGCAACUUAGUGAUCUUAAGAACACUGCUGGAGAGAGUGAGCAGAAGCGCCUUGGUCUUGAGAAGACGGUAGAUGAGAGUGAGCAGAAGCGCCUUAAACUUGAGAAGACGGUAGAAGAGCUUAGCGCUAUGAAGAAAGCAGGAAUUAAGCUAAUGGUCUGUCUCUUACUCUUAAUAGGUUUGGUGUUAGUGAUUCUACGAGGUUAGUUUCUGUCCUCUUAUUUCAUUGGAUUUUCAUAUAGGAUAUGAAGAAAGCAGGAAUUAAGCUACUGUUUUAUCUCAUAUUUUUUCCAGGAAUUGUUGGAAAGGUUUCAAAGGAGAAUGGCGUUUGUCAGAAUUAUAUGUAAUCAGGUACUAUUUCUUUUUAAAUAUAAAUACUGUAACGGUCGUUUGAAAUGAAGGUUAAAAGUAGUAC